GUGCCACCCAACCCGCCAUAACCAAUCAAGCAAGGAUGGUGAACUGGGUGCAGGUGGUAAGGGAGCACUUCGUGGCCCGGCUGGCCACCAACGCCGGCCUCCGGCAGCACGUCGUGGCCGUGGACGACGAAGCCGGCACCGGCACCGUCCUCAGCUUCUGGCUACCCGAGCACAAGAUCAUCGCCAGAUCCGGAGCCACCGCCGCGGACCAGAGAGAGAAGCACACCACCAGCAGGCACGCCGUGGUGCUCCUGCACGGCUUCGCCGGCGACGGGUUGAUGACGUGGGGGUUCCAGGUGGGCGCUCUCGCCGGGUGCGGCUACGACGUGUACGUCCCCGACCUGGUCCACUUCGGCGGCUCCACUUCGCAAUCGCCCGACCGCUCCGUGGCGUUCCAGGCGCGGUGCCUCGCGGCGGCGCUGCGGAAGCUCGGCGUGGGGGAGGGGUGCACCGUCGUCGGGUUCAGCUACGGCGGGUUCGUGGCGUUCGAGAUGGCCGCGGCGCACCAGGCCCUUGUCGGGUCCGUCGUGGUGUCUGGCGCCGACGUGGCCUACACCAGCGCCAUGAACGACGCAAUGCUGGAGAGGUUCGGCGCCGGGACGCUCGCGGAGCUGUUGCUGCCGGAGUCGGUCGCGCGGCUGAGGUCGCUCUUCUCCGACGCCAUGUAUAAGAAGCUCUGGUUUCCCGAACGCCUUCUCAGCGAUUUCCUCAAGGUGAUGUAUGCCAACCGACAGGAGAGGAAAGAGAUGCUGGAAAAACUCGUGAUGAUGGACAAACAAGAAUCGGCCCCUGUUUUUCAGCAGAACAUACUUAUGUUGUGGGGCGAGGAUGACGACUUCUUUCCCAUAGAGAAUGCCAAGAUGCUAAAAGAGAAGCUGGGGGAGAAGGCGAUGCUGCGAAGCAUAAGCAAGGCAGGGCAUCUAGCACAGCUAGAGAGGCCUUGUGUCUAUAACCACUGCCUUAAAGAAUUCUUGGCAACCAUCUCCCCUGAACCCUAAUCUAUUGUUUCUUUAUGAAUUUUUCUAAAGCCUUGGAUGUCCUAAUGCUGCUAGCGUUGUCUGGUCGUUGUGAUAAAGCAUAUUAGAUGAUACCCUGCGCAUUACUACGAAAUGAGUAGCAAUAUAUUUUCAAUGAGAUAUGCUUGAAUGAAAUAUGCAUAUUUGGAUUAAUAAUAUGAGAAAUAUAUGUGAUUUAUUGUA